AAAUUUAUUAAAACUAUGGAACUAUAGUGUGGAUUAGUGUAAUUUGGUUUGUAUAAUCAAAAGUUGUUUGUGAGAAUGAAAAUCCAUCAAUUUGAAUAAAGAAUGGUUUUGUCUAUUGGGUGAAUCAAAAUAUGGAAUUUGCAAUUAAAAAAUAGUAUAAAACAACAGAUUAGUAUGGAAAAAAACUCUGAUGAUUGGACAGAAUCUUCAGAUUCCAACUGUUCAAUAACUGAUAAAGUGUUAGAGAUUUUAGAUGAAGAAGAAAAACGAAUUAAAAUAAAGAAAAGAAGAUCGGAAUCCAGUGAAAUUGAAUCUAAUGAAAGAUCUGAGCAGAGAAAAAAAUCAUCUUCUGUUGUUAAAAGUCGAUCAAAUAGUAGAUCCCGAAAAAAUGAGCAAAACUCUAAAAAUUUAGAAAGAAUCAGAUCCAGGUCUAGAUCAAGGUAUAAUAGAAGUCGUUCAAGUUCUAAAAGUCGCUCGCGUAGUUAUUCAAAUGAAAGAUAUCGAGUCUCAAGAUCUAGAAAUUAUUCUAGAGGUAGAAAAAGAAGUAGAAGUCGAUCUAGACAUCGCAGAAAGUCAAGAAGUUAUUCCAGACAUCGCAAGCGAUCUCGAUCUUAUUCUACUGAUGGAAAAUAUAAAAAUAAACGUAAUAAAAGUCGUUCUCGUAGCCGUAGUCACUCAAGAAAUUAUUAUAGGAAAAGAAGAAGCCGAUCUCGUACCAGAUCUAAAAGUAGAUCAUAUGAAAAAAUGAAAGAAAAGUCAAGUUUUGAUAAAUCUUCUGGAGUUGCCUUAGUUGAUAUUAAUAUAAAUAAAUCUAUAGAAACAAGUAGUCCUUCAAAAAUAGUAGAAAAAACAACAGAAUCAACUCUAGUAAAUGACAAUGAGUUAUUAAGCAGAUCAGAAGGUUCUGUAGCUAAGAAAAGUAUUGAAAUAAAACUUCAAAGUCGUGUUCUUGGUGAGAAAAGUGUAAAAUCUGCUGAUCCUAAAUCUUCUCUGUAUGGAAAAUGGGAAAAGUAUGAACAACCUGUUAAAAAUCCCGAAAUUAACAAACUUACUAAUCUUUGUCGUGAAAUAUCUGCAAAAGAAGGCUAUGAAGAUUCUGAAGACAAAAUAGAAAAUAAUAGUGUUAGUCAUCCUUUUCAAGUUGCACCACCAUCAGUUUAUCCUAUGUUUUAUAAAGGCAAACCUACGAAUCCUGCUCAAGCUAUUAUGGCUGGAUCAUUAUAUUCAAUAGCCGGUCCUGUAGAUCCACCCAAAACUGGCCCACUUGAAAACUAUUUUCCAGUUUCCUCUGGUAGCGAACAUCAUAAGUUAGAAGGUCAUGGACAGGAAAAAUUACUUGUAUAUGAACCAGUUGAACCUGAAGAGCAUAUAAAUGUUAGUGCUGUUAUUGCACGUCGACUGGGUGCACAGCAAAUAUUAAAUUCUAACCCAGAUGAUUUUUCGGCAAAAGCAGUUCUUGCUGAAUGUGACUUGAAGCUUAAAAAAUGGAGUGAUCAAAAUAAAAAGCCUGGCAAAUUUACUGGAACUCAAUUGGGAACACGGAUGAAUAAACAUGAAAUUGUUGGAGCUGUUGAAACCUGGGUCAGAAAGGAUUUUUUUCAUAACCUUCAACCAGUUACUGGGGGUGUUGGAAUGCGUAUGAUGCAAAAAAUGGGAUGGCAGCAAGGACGUCCUCUUGGUAAGAAGCAGGAAGGAUUUCUGGCACCAAUUGCAGUUGAUAUAAAAGUUGGAAGAGGAGGUUUGUAUAGUGCGGAUGAGCAACCUCAGUUCAAUGUUUGGAAUGGAAAAUUGGUACCAAAAAGGCGUCCUCCAGCUCCUGUUGCAAAUAUAAACGGAAAGCAUCCUGUAUCUGCUCUUGCCGAACUUUGCGUGAAAAGGAAAUUAGGUAUUCCUGAUUAUACUUGCGUUUUUGAACAUGGCCUUGCACAAAACAAAAAUUUUUUGAUGAAAGUAACUGUUGCAAACGUUGAUUACCAAGCCUCAGUGGCUUCACCUAAUAAGAAGCACGCCAAGGCAAAUGCUGCCAUUGUUGCUUUAAGAGCGAUGGGUGAGGCUGUUGAGUAGAUUUUUUUUGCAUGUGUAUAUAUUUGUAAAUAAUUUAUAUUAUUGAUUCUAAAGAUUUUUAUAAGUUAUUUA